UCGACGAAUUAGAGUGAAUUGGAACAAUCCCGGUCAGUGUGCGUGCUUGUGUGUGUUUUGUUCGAGUGGCCGGUACUGGGAGUUUACGGCGUACUAGUGCGCCACUCUGUGACAUGCAAGUAUGGCAACGAUCGUGCAACCACAAUCCCGCAUCCUGGCAACCGGCACCGUCGCCGCUGGUGGUGGUCUCCUGACGACGGUGGCCAACCUUCCACCGCCCUACAAACUCCAGUAUGCCGAUGUGACGGCCGAUAAACCACCGGCCUCUAGCACCCCAACCACCGUCACCAUCAUCACCAAGACUGGGGACAGUCCGCUGGAUCUGACGGUGCGUCCGGUUACGCUCGGCCCGAUCACACCACCGGCCACACCCUCUCCCCUCAAGAAACGGUACCGCGAGGACAAUCUGCACAACUUUGUGCGCGUCGAGGAACCACAGGCGAAGAAGGUAAAGGCGGAACCGACUGCCGACCGAUCGGAACCGCUUGAUCCGGAGAUUGUGAAGAAGGAUCUGGUCACCCCAGCCAAGCCUGUAGGAAAGGUGCAAAGCAAUGGUGGUGGUAACGAGGUGGCGGUGGUCAUGCCACCGAAGAGUACGAAAAAUCCGCCACCAACCUCGGCCACAACGAAGGAACGGCGCGCGAAGGCGAUACGGAAGCUAAAGUUUGACGAAGAAAACUCAUCGCCAGUAUCGGGCACGAUCAUCAUUUCACUCGAGGAGGCCAUGAACGGCGAUGCACCACGGGAAUCCGGUGAUAUCGAUCCCCAGUUCAAUCUGGUUGAGGUGUCGGAUGAGGUACGGGCAGAAUUGGCGGCCAUCACGAACGUAAUCGGUGCGUACAACUGUAAGCUGUGCCGGUUGGAGUUUGAGGAUGCGUUCGGAUUGGCUCAGCAUCGCUGCUCCUGUAUCGUGCUGCUCGAGUACCGGUGCCCGGAGUGCGGUAAGCGAUUCAACUGCCCGGCAAAUCUGGCUUCCCAUCGUCGUUGGCAUAAACCACGCGAGCACGCGGUGGGUAAGAAAGGAGGAGCGGCUGCCACUAACCGAGCCAACCCGGUGGAGCGAAGUGAAUCAACCGAUUCGGACGGUGCCAGUGGUAAGUUCCGGUGUGAGCAGUGUGACAAAACGUUCAAGCGGCCAGCCUACCUCAAGAAGCACCAACUGACGCACAGCAAAGCGGCAGCGGCGACCACGCAGAAGGCGUCCCAGGUGAAGCGUGGCACUAGAGCACCAACCAGUGUGCCAACGAAAUCGAAUGAAGACUCGAACCACUCGAACCUCUCGCACCAGUCGGUGGAUAGUAGCAGCAGCAUCUACACAGCAUCCGGCCGCACCGAUCGAAUGACCCACGACGAGAUGAAUGCUCGCGGAACCACGCCGGAACAAUCAUCACUGACUGUGUUCACGAUUGUCGCCAAUGGCGAUCAAGCCGAUAGUAGUGGACAGCGGCCGGGUAGUGGGUACUACUAUGGCGAACCGACUGUUACGUUCGUCCAGCAGCAGCGUGCAUCCUCCGUGGUGUCCUCAUCGGGGCGCGGUAGUGCCGCGCCGGAUCAUGACGACGAUCCGGAUAGCGAUUGUGAGGAGCGUACGCUCGUCAUCAAUGAGGACUACCGUGAGGAGGAGGAGGAAGAGGAGCAAGACGGAAACGAUGAGGAUGAAAUGGAGCGCCAGUACCGGUCGGCGUACUGUGAUCGGUUCACCGAGGAGGAAAAUCUGGCCGCCACCGUCCUCGCUCGUCUCCGCAAUGGCCCUUCGGUCAUUCGCCACACGACGGCGCUGGUUGUGUAA